UUUCUUCUUUUUUGGGAUAAUCCUUGGAAUUGACAGGCUUAACAGGAACAGGAGGGGUCUUUUUAGAUGGAUCACCAAAAGCCAAAGUAAGAGAGUGCAUCUUAUCCAAGAAUUGAUCGAUAGUUUCUGCUUGGAUCAAAGUAGCUGAAGCUCUUAAAGAUGGACUUCCUAUACCUGAGAUCAGGAAAUCAAUACUUUGUUUUUCAGGCAAACGAAUGUUCUGCAAAAGCUUCAAUUUUUGCAUGGCGUAAUCCUGAAAAGACUCCUUUGAAAAAUUCCAUUUUCUACUUUCUACUUUUUGAAAGGUUACACGAAAAGACUUAUUCAACUUGCUGGAAGCAGCUAGGAGAGUCACUUGAUCGGAAACAUCAUGGAUACGGGAAACGCGUUCAACUUUCUCAAUCCAAAUAUCGAUAUUUUCGUCUUCCGAACCAGAAAAAGACGGGAGUUGGGAUGCUAGCAGAUUGACGGCUUGAGCGACUGGAACUGAAGCUAAAACAGGUCUCUGAUUAAGAAUCGCAGCACC